GUAUGGCCGCUGCAACGGCGCGGGAGCGCAGUGCCAGAACCAUGAGCAGCAGCCGUCUUCUCGCCAUCCUGCUCGUUCACUUAAUCGGUAGCGCAGGGGAGAGUGACGAACAGAAAACGUGUGAUCAGUACUUCAAGGCCGGCGUCGAAGCUUACCUGGAGGAGAGGUGGUACGAUUGCGUCACGAAUCUGGAAAAGGCGUUGUCAGAGUACCGAAAUUACAGGCAGACAAUCGUAAACUGCCGGACGAGUUGCGACGAGAAGGCCCGUUCUUCUCCGCAUAUAUUCGAGACCGAUGUCGAAGAUCUGCACUUCUACGAGGAAAAAAUAAAGAAAACUCUGUGUCUUAUGAAAUGUAAGCCGAAUUACUUCAGGGAUAGGUCUUAUUUGUCCAAGGAAAUUGAAGAAGAGUUUGAAAAUCUCAAACCGUACGAAUAUUUACAACUGUGUUAUUACCAGCGACUCAUGCUACAGGAAGCUGCUCAGGCUACGUUUACAUUUCUGACAAGAAACCCAGACAAUGAGGUUAUGAAGGCCAAUCUCAAAUUCUAUUCCACGCUUCCAGAGGUGGAAAUGUCAGAAAUAACAAAUCUCGAAGCAGCGGCUUUCGUCCCUCUGUACAUACACGGACUGGACGCCUACAACAGCGAGGACUACGCCAUGGUGACCCGCUACAUGGAAGAAUCUCUCGAGGAAUACCUGAGAGCGGACGCGGACUGCAGAGCGUACUGCGAGGGCCCCUUCAACCACGGCUGGUUCCCCGACUUCACCUCCGCCAUCUCCAAUCAUUACACUUACUGCCUAAAAUGCAAGAGCAAGUGUACCGACAAAGUUAACACUGUCAAUGGGGAAACGCAUGACGAUCUGCUGCAGAACCAUUAUCACUACCUGCAGUACGCAUAUUUCAAAGUUGGUGAUAUGAGGAAAGCAUGCGAGGCAGUUGCUACCUAUCUGCUCUUCAGUCCCGCAGACGAGACUAUGUUGCAAAAUAAGAAAUAUUAUCUCAGUUUGCCGAAAGUGGAAAAAGAUUUUUUUAAACCACGGGAGGAAGCUGUAAAAUACAUCCUGAGAAAAGAAUAUGAAUCUAAGCUGUUAAACUUCAUCGAAACUGACUUCACAUUUGACAAGAAAGAUGAAAUUGAAACAUCGGAAAAUGAAAUAGAGGAUGAAUCUUCCUGACUAUUACAGCUUACCAUUGUGAGAAGGAUAUGACCUGGACCACAAUGUAACCAGUGAACUAAAUGACUUUCAGAAGCGAGAAUGCUCACUACAUUCUGUAUUGCUAAGAACAUUUGUUGUUCAUCAGUGUAGUGCAAUUACACCUGAAGUCUCAUAUUGGUUUUGGGAUGAUGCCUGUAACGCACUCCUAUUGUGACAGUUUACAGAUUUAUAAUGACAUACCAACUUUGGAUAUUUUGUGGAGAAAUAGUUUUAUUUAACUUAUGCAGCUAAUGGUAUAUGCAUCCACUGCCUUAGAUUAAACUCAAUAUCUCUAAAUCAAUAACAAUAAUGAUAACUACUGUCAUAUUAAUACUUUCAUCCAUUAAGAAGUUAUUAAACUACAUGUUAAGUUUAGGACUAAAAUAUCUGCCUUUAUUUGCAGUGUGCAAUGUGUUUGUGAUAUUUUAAGAAUCAGUCACAGCUAUUUCUUAACAAUUGUGCAUCUUUUAUACGUAAUUCAUGGCAACAAACCUUCAAAGAAAGUUGUGAACAUAAGUGAACAGAAAAUGUAACUUAACUGUAGAAGAUUAAAUCUGUGUUCUGAACUAGAACUUGAAAUAAUAUUUCAUUAUUUAAUUGAUAUAACUGAACACUGCUCUAAAGUAAUGUGUAUGGGAUCACAUAUACCUGGAUUAUAACCAUUGCCUACGAUUUAAAUGUGCUAACUAAUCAAAUUAAAGUUAAUCUGUGAAUUAAA